AUGAAGUUUUUUCUCGUAUAUAUCACUGUUGUAAUUUUAUAUGCGUUUGUCGCUGCUCAAACUGUAUUUUUAAAUGGUACCGAUAAUUUUACAACUGCUAAUGUUGAUUUAUCAACAAGAGCGACAUCAGCUAUAAUCAUUUCCACAAUAUUAAAUAUAUCAGAGACGUCGAACAACAAAACUUCAGCAAUAGAAUUCAAUGACAUACAACAUGAUAUUUUGAUAUCGACAACUAAUAGCUAUAAAAUAUCGAAUACUUCAAUUGACGAUGAGAAUGAAACUAAUUUUUUUACUGUUCAUACAACCGUUUUAAAUGAUAAGAGUGAAAAAAAUAUUACCGUACCAUGUGAACAAGCACAAUAUGGAUGUUGCCCAGAUCAGUUGACAGCAGCUCAGGGUGCUGAUCAACAAGGAUGUAUACUGAAUUCUUUUACACCAAAAUAUAUAUUUACUACUACCGAUAUUAAGCUAAAUUCCACUGUUCCUAGCCAUAACAAUUCAGGGUUAUUUAUCGCAGAUGAUAAAAAAAUCACAGAACUAUCAGAACAGGCAUGUGUACACUCUCUCUACGGAUGUUGUCUAGAUGGUGUUACAAAAAGAGAUGGUCCAAAUGACGAAGGAUGUGAUCAAGUUAAAUCAACUGAACGACCGGUACAACCGAAUAUGACAAAACAAAAUGAGAAGAUAUCUGUUGAUUUUAACCCAUCCACUACAUCAAUUAUAAAUAUUGCUUUGGAUAGUACAACUGUUUUAUCUACACAAGAAAUAUACCAAAAGAAUGAGACAUCUCUGAAUACGACAACCAAUUUUAAUUUUCAAACAGAAUCUACUGAUAGUGAUGAUGAUACCACAACUCAAGUUGUUCAAUUGUGUGACUCGACACAGUUUGAAUGUUGUCCUGAUGGAAUUAUACCAGCUCUGGGACCAAAAUUUGAAGGAUGUAAUGAAACUCAAGUAAUGUACGUUUUAAACGUCAAAGAGCCAAAAAUCAACUUGAAAACUGUUUGCGAACUGGAAAAAGAUACAGGCACAUGCAGCAAAUAUAUAUCCAAAUGGUAUUUUGAUCGUCUUCAAGGGAAAUGUAUUCGAUUUUGGUAUGGUAGCUGUGAGGGAAACUUAAAUCGUUUUGAUACAGAAGAAGAAUGUCUCUCAACAUGUGUUCAUCCAAAAGGAAUUGAAGUUUGUCUAUUACCAAAAGUUGUUGGUCCAUGCCAAUCGGGUUUAUCACGUUGGUAUCAUGAUCGAGAUAGAAAAGUUUGUCGACAAUUUACAUAUGGAGGAUGCAACGGAAAUGAGAACAAUUUUCUUUCCGAAGAUAAAUGUCAUAAAGCUUGUAAUUCAUCAGUAGUUAUUGAACAAUGUGCAUUACCAUCUUACAAAGGACCAUGUAAUGGGGAAUUCAAUCGAUAUUAUUAUGAUACAACCUAUGGAGAAUGUCGAUCAUUCAUUUAUGGUGGUUGUAUGAAAAAUAUAAAUAAUUUUCAAACCUACGAAGAAUGUAUAACAACAUGUGUUGCUCCAAGACAAAAAAAUAUAUGUUUAUUAGCUAAAAUGACUGGAACAUGUCAGGAACGUUAUUCAGCAUGGUAUUUUGAUAUACUAGAUGCAGAAUGUAAACCAUUUCAGUAUUCUGAUAAAACUGCAGAAAUUCUAGGUAUAUGUCAUCAACCAAUGACACGAGGAAGUUGUGAUCAACAAAUAACAAGAUGGUAUUAUAAUUCGCGUGAUCAAUACUGUUAUCCAUUUCAAUAUACAGGAUGUCAUGGAAAUUCAAACCAAUUUGAAACAGAAAACGAAUGUAGAAAUUUUUGUAAUGCUAAAGAAAAGGAUAUUUGUACAAUUGAAAAAGAUCCGGGUCCAUGUGAUCAAUACAGAAUAAUGUGGUAUUAUGAUCAACAAGAAAAAAAAUGUAAAAAUUUUUAUUAUGGUUCCUGUGGUGGUUCAUCAAAUCGAUUUUCAACGGAACAAGAGUGUCAAUUACGAUGUGUAUUAAAACUAAAUGAAAGCUCAGUCAAUAGUGUCUGUGUACAACCGUUAGAUCAAGGUUAUACUUGCAAUAUUUCUUCUACUUCAACAACAACAGCAUCGCCUGUAUCAAAAUAUUAUUUUGAACCAUUACAACAAAAAUGUAUUUCUUUCUUAUUUCACGGUUGUGGUGGCAAUGAAAACAGAUUUGACAGUGAACAAGAGUGUAAAGAAAAUUGUUCAAGCAGUAUGCCAAAAUUGAUCAAAGAAAGUGUCCAUACGACUGGGGAAGUAUUAGAUGUGUGUGAUGAACCAAAAGUAAUUGGUACAUGUUCAAAUACUACAAAACGAUGGUAUUAUGAUGAUACUGUGGGUUAUUGUGUUGAAUUUGAUUAUUCUGGCUGUGAUGGAAAUCGCAAUAAUUUUCCCGAUCGAAUGGUAUGCAUUGAUGCAUGUGAAAAACAAAAACGACAUGCAAUAUGUCAUCAAACAAAAGUAGUUGGUCCUUGUCAAGAACAUAUGAUACGUUGGUUUUUUGAUAGUGAAACAAAAACUUGUCAAACAUUUACAUUUGGCGGAUGUUUAGGCAAUAGAAAUAAUUUUGAAAAUUUUGAUAAAUGUCGAUAUAUGUGUUGGACAUAUUUAAGUGAUGAAGGAAGAUCUCAAACACGACAAAGCGCUGUUGUAGCUAAUCCACAAAGUGGAAAAGCUUGUACAAAUCUAGAAUACUGCAAUAUUCCAUGUCGAUACGGUUUUGAUAAAGAUACAUAUGGUUGUGAUAUAUGUAAAUGCAUCGAUCCGUGUCAAAAACAGAGAUGCCCACUUGGUUAUGAAUGUCUUAUAUUGGAUCAAGAACAAUGUAUUACGCCGCGAUGUGCAAUGCCUAAAAUUGAAUGUCGUCCAGUGCAACGCACUGAUGGAUCGAGUGACAUUAAACCAGUACUUGAAAAUGAUGGUAUAACAAAUGUCUAUGCGCAAUUUGAAGAAAAUGUAACCUUGCCAUGUAGUGUAAUACAAGGCGAUCCUGUACCCGUGAUAUAUUGGUAUAAAGAACGUAAUCAACUACAAGUACACGAAUUGACAAGUGGUUCAAUAACAAGAAAACUUGAACGUUUACCGAAUCAAUCGUUGUUAAUAAGAAAAGUAGCAUUGGAAGAUCAAGGUUUAUACACAUGUCGAGCUAUCAACACUGUCGGACAAGAUAUUAAAGAUAUUCAAUUAGAUGUCUACGGCUUUCCAAUGCCACGCAUUAUGUGGUUACGAAAUAAUGAGCUACUAACAAAUUCAACGCGUAUGACAGUUUUAGCUGAUGGAACAUUAAUUAUUCAUCCAUAUCAGAUAGUCGAUUCUGGACCAUACGUUUGUAAUGCAAUCAAUAAGAAAGAAACAAUCACCCAAGUCGCCUAUUUAGAAGUUAAAGAAACACGUCAAGAAAAAACAUGUGAAGAUCAACCAGCUUAUGCCAAUUGUGAACUGGUCUUACGACAUAAUUUUUGUGAUGUUUAUUUUGACUACUGUUGUUUUACAUGUUCUCAAGCUGCUUCUGAAUCAAAUCUUCAACAAUCAUCAUCAUCUCCGCCUUUACCUCAACCUAUGGUUCAGAAACGUCAUCUUAAAAGUUAA